UGACAAUGGUUUUCUGCAGAUGUCUAAAGAUAAGAGUCAUGGAUAUCACAAAAAUCUUUGCAAUGUUAAAACCUAAAGAAGAUGAAGAGGCAUUGGAAGAAAGUCGUGAGUUACAUCUUGCAGUGGCAAUGGAUAACCCACAAUAUCUAGCUUUUCUUCUCUCUGAUGAGAAAUAUAAGAAAUAUCUGGACAGUCGUACUGGGUGGGGAGUUCCAGUAACACCUCUCCGCCUGGCUGCCUCCAAAGGGUCCCUGGAAUGUCUGAAGAUUCUCUUGGCCAGUGGGGCAGAAGUGGACAUACUGGAUGUGAAGGCCCAAACUCCGCUCUUUGCUGCAGUCAGUGCUGGUCAUUUUGACUGUGUCAGAGAAUUACUUAAAGCUGGAGCUAGUCCUUCCGGAAGUGUCCACAAUAACGGCUCUCCCGUGCUGACAUCUGCCAGGGAAGGCAACAUCAGCAUUUUAAGGGAGCUCCUGGAAUAUGGUGCAGAUCCCAAUGUCAAGUGCAAGUUACCUGACUGGGCAGCAAGUAACACCAUUUCUACUGGACCGUUGUACCUUUCAGCUGUGUAUGGGCACUUGGAGUGCUUUAGGACUCUGCUUUUUUAUGGUGCUGACCCCAACUACAACUGUACUGAUGAGAAAAUACUACAAAGGAUAAAACAACCUAAAACUGUACUGGACACGUGUUUGAAACAUGGCUGUAGAACAUCAUUUGUAAAGUUACUUAUUGACUAUGGAGCAAAUGUAUACUUGCCUGACCUCAACAUUGCCCAGUCAUUCCCUAAUCAUGAAGCAAUGGAGCUUCUAGCUAGAGAAAAAGUGCACCCAAAGUCUUUGAUGUCACAGUGCCGAUUGACCAUCAUGAAGCUGCUGAGACAAGCAGGAAAAACACAUCUCCUCAACCAACUGGAGAUUCCUCAGACUAUGAUCAGAUAUCUGAUGCACCAAACCUGA